CGAGUGAGAGAGAUGCGAGAGGGCGAGCCGAGAGUGAGCGUCAGACGGUUCUCGAAAGUUACCACCCUUUUGUCAAAGAGGGAGAAAGAAAGCUCCAGAAAAUUGUUCUAUUAUUCGGUUCUGUAUUACGGAUGCGAUCGUCGUGAGUGUCGGGUCAGACUGCUAAAGCACCGCGAUCAAUUCUCACUUGUGAGAAUUCCUCCGAAGGAUACACACCUUCCUUCCUCAUCAGUAGUACACUCCAUUUCCUUUUCCCCGAACGACCAUUUUUGGAAAGUUUCCUUAUUUGAUCUGCAACAUUUCUAACCUCCUUUUUCUCGGCGUGCCAUUCUGAGAAGCCAAAUUAUACUUCAAUUUGAUGUUCUAAGAAGAAAACGUACUUCGUUCGUGUAUAAGGCAGGAGAUGCGCGUGACUUGCCAACUUCUUAACGACUUUUUAAGCUGACAAGUGAAUUGAAAGAAGCAAGGAAGGAAGGAAGGAAGGAAAGAAAAAAGGAAGAAAACAAAGAAAGGCGAAAAGAAGCAGAAAAUGCCGGUCGGCGGACGUGUUUCUGGCAAAGUUGGGAUUUAUAGUUCCCAUUACAAUGGUAAAGGUUACAGUGGUAUUAACGAAGAGAUUAUAUGGAUUAGUAUCAGCAUGGGUAUAGCGAUAGGCGUAUUGAUAAUGUUAGCACUUUGCUACAUAGCACAUGAAAAGUAUCGUAAACGUUACAAUGGUUACUAUUCAUCCUGAUAUAAGUUACCACCGCCCUCUUGGGCGACUUGCUCAACUUUCACGCCAACUAACCCUAGAGUUUACUUCAGCCCUACAAUCUCGAAAGACAAACCACGAGCUUAUUACAUUACCGUCUAAGUGGAAUGUCAAAUUGAUGAUGAUCCCUGCAAAAACGUACGAAGAAAUCGAGUUUGCGUCGAAGAGAAAAAUUCAACAGAGUGCUGCUCCAAUAUACAUACCCAUGUUUCAAAGUAUUAAGCGAUUGACCUCAAUGGAAGAAACAAAAAAGAGAGGAAAGAAGUAACAAAAAAUAUAAGUUAAAUAAAUAAAUAAAAGAGAUAAACAAUUAAAAACGAAGUUAAUCUCUUUUAUUGUGAUGGCAAGGAUCGAGAAGACAUUACUAUAAAUAGUAUAGAUAAUCGAGUGCGUUAAAAAGAAAAAAAAAAGAACUCUUUUUCUCGCACCAUUAUAAAAUACAAUCGUUUUAAUCUCUAUCAAGUCUCCAUUUUGUGUUUCAAGGAAUAAACUAACAAAUAAAAACAAACAAAGAAUAUAUACGAAAUUCCAAAAAACGCACGCAGAGAUAACUUGUUAGAUAUUAUCGUCUCGACAAAUUCUUCUUCCAAUCAAUUUUACGUAUCACCUGAUAAAAGUUAAUGAAAGUCUUUGAUCAAAGUGUUCUCUCAAGUAGUGAAAUUAAACAAAAAAAAGAAAAAAAAAGAAAAAAAGAAAAAAAGAAAAAAAAAGAAAAAAAAGAAAAAAAAAAAGAA